AUGGCACCACAGGAAAGGGGAUGGGUCAACUUAUUCGUCGACCGCUUCGUUGGAUGGUGGUCCGGUCUACCCGGAGAGUCGUGCAGCUAUACUGUAGAGAAACUGCGCAUUCCAGUGGGACAUGUCCAUCUAGCCGCCAAUCUGUACCACCCCACAAUACCCAAGCCAUAUGGUACUAUUCUUGUCCGUACAUCUUGUGGUAUUGGGCCCUUGAUGGCUCUAGGCCAUGCGCGGAUGUUUGCAUCUCGAGGAUAUCAAGUCCUACUCGCCGCCUGUCGAGGGACAGAUCCGUCUGACGGCCAAGAAGUCAGUAUGGGGGUCCAUGAAGCGUCUGACGGACUCGCCACUGUCUCAUGGAUGCGGGAGCAAUCUUGGUACACGGGCUCGUUCGGUACCAGUGGGCCCCAUGACUUUGGCAGGUUCAUCUGGGGAACUGGAGCGAUGGAAAGUCAUGCUGUGGCUUGGACCGACUUGAUGACAAGUUCAAAACGAGGCAUUAUCCCUGGGCCAGCAUAUAUCAAGAAGCAGCCCGAGAUUCUCCGUCCUGUCUAUGAUAGUGUUCCCUUGUCGGAAGGUCUUGAUAAACAUUUUCAACAUGAUACUCCAAACUUCCUUCGAUUGUUCAAUACACACCCCGAUCCAUCGGACCCGGUUUAUAAGGACUUGAGUCAACAUACUGCACUCCAGCGUGCGAAGAUCCCCAUCCUACAAUUUACUGGAUGGAAGGAUAUCGGCCUACCCAGUGUCACGGAGCAGUACAAAGCAUUAUCCGAGCGUGGUGUUUCGACAUUCAUGACUAUGGGGAACUGGUCUCAUCUUGGCGCACAAAGAGGAACCACAAUUGCAGAAGGUUUCAAAUUCAUCGAAAAGUACCUUGCCAAUCGUGGAGAAGGGUUCAGAACCUCACCAGUACGGGCGUUUUUCACAGGAUCAGAAGAGUGGAGGGAUCUUCCAGCCUGGCCACCUAGUCCAACUUCGACUGAUGAGCUUUACUUUGGCCCUGGAGGAAUUCUAUCUCGGGACUUACCUUCCGAAUCUACUCAAGAUUCGACGUUCAGAUUUGACCCGAAAGAGCCAAUCGCAAACAUUGGUUUGCCACGUCCAUUCGACGACAUGAUCCCGGCCAACUACGAAGACACUUCCCUAGCUGAACGUUCCGAUGUCGUCGUUUUUACCUCCACGCCACUGGACUCUGACCUCGAGGUCUGCGGCGAGCCGACUGUCGAACUACACCAUUCCAGUGACUAUCCGCAUGUGGAUCUCCUGAUCCGACUAAGCGAGGUUGACAACAAUGGUAGAUCCAAUCGGAUCAGCGACGUAUACAAGCGUCUAGACCCAGCACGAGAGAGUGGUCCGUUGACGUUCAAGCUUAGCGCCUGCGCGCAUAAGUUUCGUCGGGGCAAGAGGAUCCGUGUAAUAAUAGCAGGAGGAGCGCAUCCUGCUUAUAUCCGUAACUUGGGUACGGGAGAAAAUCCUGGGCUGGGAACAUCGAUGCAGGCAGUGUUGCACACGAUCCAUCAUUCCGCUAAUGCUGCAUCGAGCUUGAAACUACCUAUACUCUCUGCGUAG